UGCUCUCUCUUUGUUUAAAUGUGACUUACUGUAAACCUUUCAAGUGUUACAAAAGCCAGGAUACAAACUCUGAAAAUCAGGUUUGCCAUAUGAGGACAGUGUUUAUCUAAGAGACAAUCUAACCACUUUAAUAAACCAUACAAAUCAUUGCCUAGGGUAUUAUCUUUUGACAAGACAGAUGUUUUCUUAGAUUAACUAGAGAAAACAGUGAAUCAGCACAAGCAAAGCUGCCAGGAAUUCUUUCUUUCUGCAUUAAGGAGAAAGACUGUACUGAGAAGCUUUAUGAAUGGGUCCAUUAUGUAGAUUCUUUAUGAAAAGGAUGAGUUAGUUGAAAAUGAAUAGUUGGUGGUUAAUGUUUAAAAGAGCUUUAACGCACUGUUUGCUCUGUGAGAGAAAGUGAGAUGGAAAGUUAAUCCUGAACGACACACCCUGGAGUUAUUCAGGAGAGAAAAUGGAGGACAGCUGCAUGCGUUCUGGACCAGGCAAGAUAAAUAGUGGUUGCUAACGGCACGUCACCUCCGGCCAGUUUUGUUGCAUAAUAAGAAGCACAGGCAUAGUUUAAGACUCUGGAGGAAGAAGCCAAUCCAAGCAGCAGGACUGGUGCUGAGGAAUUUUUGUGAGAGUCUAGCUCAUAGAGUCGAAACCUUCAGGUUUUAUGUUGCCAAAGAAAGCUGAUAAAAGAAGCCAGCUGAGACAACAGCUCAAACGGUCCCCUAAAACCAUGGCACUGCUGAAAGUGGGCUGCACAUCAGACCGUCAGAGGGCUGAGCCUGUUUUAUUGUCCUCUCUACAUCUUGCAUUGGCUGACUAACCAAACACAGCACAACUUCUUUUCACACAUCACUGAAACAUCCUGGGUUCAAAGAAUCCCUUUCGGAGAUGAUCCUGUGCAGUCAGAUGAGUUUCGCAGUGCUGUACUGCACACUGUGGCUCGCCGCGCCUGCCGUCCUGCGCUCGGAGUUCAAGGUGGCCUACGUGACCGAGCGCAACGUGUGCACAUGUACGCAGGAACCAAGCUCCUGUGAGAAGAUGAACUUCAACGACUGCAACAACUGCAAGGACCAGUCAUCAGUGCUGCAGAGGGCCGAGAGCCCCGUUCAAAAAAAGAAUUUGACGGUGUGGUACACCUCGCCUCUGAAUGUGGCCCUCCUGCUGAACAACUCUGAGGUGCGGCACCUGACGCUGGUCCAGUGCAAGCCCUCUGACGACCAGCCCGUCCCGUUUGAGUACUUCACAGUGCAGCGUUUGGAGGUUCUAACGGUCUCUUACCCGUUCUGGAAGCAUGGACAGCGUUAUGAGAUCAUCAUAGGCAAGGACAGGGACGCCCCGUAUCAAGAGGAGGCGAGAAUCGCUGUCAUUCAUACCUCUGUGUUGACCGGGAAAACAGAGCUGAAGUCGUACACAGUCCAAACCAAAGUGGAUCACAGUGGCAUGAUGUCCUUCCCGGGCAUUUUUAUGUCUCGCAUCGCGCUUUCGGAAAUGUCCAGGAUAUUUGUCACUUUUCUGUACUGAGGGAGGCAUUAUUCCACAGCUGCACCAUGUGGAAUUUAAACUCUUUACUGUAGACGGAACAGUUGUUGUUGUCUCUAUAACACAAAUAGCUGUUAAUGUAUACAGAAGUGGCCAAAAGUGAUGUCCGGAGAGAAUAUUUGUUUUUUAAUGACCCUAUAAGUUCGAUAUGAGGAAAAUAUGGGUAACACUUUAGAAUAAUGGUCCGUCAUUAAUACUAUGCAGUAAGUAAUGCAGGACUAAUAAGUAGUACUACAUUAACCCUUCAGCUACUUCUAUUAACUAAUAUAGAAACAAGCUUAACUAAUCAGUAAGUAAUAUCGAAUUUAGGACUAAGAUAGUUAAUUACUAGCUAAUCAGUAAUUACAGAAUGAGAUUGGCAUCAUUAAUAACUAAUAGGUAACUAUGACAAAUUAUAAAGAAUUACAAAUUAAAGCUGCAGUCCGCAAUUUUUCCUCUUUGUCGCCAUCUCUUGUUUGAAACCUGCAAUUGCAGUCAUAUGCGGAACAGUUAUCUGCACGUGCGUUGUGCCUCGGCACAGGUCGUUAGCGCGGAUGAAUCCAAUGCUUGCUGUCAGUCACCGCACCGGUGGAUACUGUAUUUCAGAAUCACAGUUUCUACAUCUUGAAAGUAUGACCGAUAUAAGAAUUUUCACUGGAAAAUAUCAGCUGAACAAGUAAGUAACAUU